CCAUCACGUACACUUUACACCUUCUUAAAGAUUCAUCACUUGACUGUUUGUCCACGCUCGCUCGCUAUUUCCUUGCCGGCAUCUAUCUCUUCUUUUUUAAUUUUAUUUCCUUGAGGCAUCUUGUAAUUCUGUCACUCGCUCAUACUCGACCUCGACAAGUUGCAGCUGGGGAACGGUCAUCCGACUUUCAGAGUUUUCUUUCAGGAUACCGAGGCAGCACAGACGAGCGGCCUGUCCCGCCCUCGAUUCUUUGGAUACGCCACUUUUGCGCGACUUCGACCUUCCUCGUCGUUGACCUGAACACCUUGUCGAGUCGUCAUCUCUUUCGUAUCUGGGAGGCCAUUCUUGUUUUCACUGGGGCAAAUUCCUCGGCGGUGGCACGGCUUGGGAGAAUAUGCAUGGGAAACCAGACGUGGGUGCAUUGCAGACGUCUUUACGGGUGCUCAAUGUAGCCAAAACCGCCUACCCCGCCAUCGUCCUGGUCAUCUUUGUCGUCGCCUUUAUCAUCCACGGUAUCAGAACAGCGCCAGACAAUGGGGACAAGGUCAAGAUUCAUCCUAUGCGAGGACCGGGGGGCAGGCCUCUUCCAAUCCGUCGAAAAUCCGCCAAUCAAGUCAAAGCUGCUGCGGCGGUCAAGGACCUACCACCAGCAACCAAGACCUUCUUCAAAAUCACUCAAAUUGCUGUCGUUCUGACUUUCCUCGUCAAUGCCGGCUUGAUUCUGUUCGAAACGCUUUUGGAGCGUGUGGACAAAUGGUGGCCCGGCAAAAAUGCAGUCAUAUACGUUAUCGCCUCGACAUUUCUUUGGCUCGUCAUUUUCAUCUCCAUACUUGAUGUAAAGCCCUCGCCAAACUCGGCUCAUUUUAUUACCUGGCUGUCGGCUCUCCCUCUGGAGAUUUUGAUCAUUGUCGCAAGCCUGCAAGUGUACAGUGUCCCUCAUUUUGAACCCCGCGUUGGCGAUCAACUGGGUGGAAAAUUUCGAGAGUCGAUCACAGGCUGGGAAACUGUCGAAGUCAUUGUUUAUCUGAUCCGGGUUGUUUUGCUUCUUGGACUUUCGAUUGUUUUCUUAAGCAUCAAGAUCCAGUUUCGCAAACCCAAGGAGUCAAGCUCGACAACCCAGGAUGAACGAACACCGCUACUUCGUGGGGAUGCAGAAGCCGGGAUUCGUCCGAACGGGCAUGCACGGGUGCCUGGUCCAACUUCGGAACCUAAGGAGCAAGUUGAUGCCUGGGCAAAGCCAACAGAGGUCCCAAACAUCACCUGGUAUGCUUAUUUGAAAGGCUUCGUGCUACUGAUACCUUAUCUUUGGCCUAAAAAGUCACUCAAAUUGCAGCUUCUGGCGGCAAGUUGCAUUCUUAUAAUGGUCGGACAACGAGUCAUCAACGUUUUUGUGCCCGUCAUGGUCGGCAAAAUCACAAAUGCCUUGUCUGGAGACGACGGUAACGGUGUACAUGCCCCGUGGCUUGACAUUGCCUUGUACAUCUUGUUUAGGUGGCUUCAAGGUUCUCAAGGCAUUUUGUCAGCCACAAGAUCUAUUCUGUGGAUACCGGUCGAGCAGUACUCGUAUCGAGCUAUCUCAACAGCUGCGUUCGAGCAUGUUCAUGGGCUCAGCGCAGAAUUCCAUACCGGUAAAAGAACUGGAGAACUGAUCUCAGCAUUGAACAAGGGUAGUGCCAUCAAUUCAUUCCUGGAGAUGGUGACGUUCCAAGUCGGUCCUAUGGUGUUCGAUCUCGUUGUCGCCGUUGUCUAUCUCACCAUUAAAUUCGACGCCUACCUGGGACUGGUUGUGGCCAUGACUACGUUCCUUUACAUUUACGUUACUAUACGACUUGCCUCGUGGAGAGUGGCACUGCGACGAAACUAUGUCAACGCAGAACGAGAGAUGGAGGCAGUGAAAAACGACUCUCUGCAUUCAUGGGAUACGGUCAAGUACUUCAACGCCGAGGAUUAUGAGUUCAACCGGUAUAGAAGUGCGAUCAAGGUCAUGCAAAGUUUCGAGUAUUGGGUUGACGUUACUUUGGCUUAUAUGAAUACUGUUCAAGGAGCCCUCUUUAUGGUUGCGCUGCUCAUUGCCAGUUUCAUUGAAGCUUUCGAAGUCGCACAGGGUGAUCAGAAGGUUGGUGACUUUGUGCUCCUAAUCACAUACAUGGCACAACUACAAGGUCCUUUGAACUUUUUCGGUACAUUUUACAGGUCUAUUCAGUCGAACCUGAUUAAUGCAGAAAGGAUGCUUGAAUUGUUCAAAGAACAACCUCAUGUUGUUGACAAAGAGGGUGCAGAGGUUCUGGAAGACUGUUCAGGCGACAUCAUCUUUGAUAAUGUCUCUUUCAGCUACGACAAACGACGCAAUGCCCUCGAUCGACUGACAUUCCGAUGUCCUCCGGGUACUACCACUGCCCUUGUCGGUGAAUCGGGUGGAGGAAAGAGCACGGUUAUGAGGCUGAUCUUCCGGUACUACAACCCGGAAUCUGGACGAAUCAUGGUUGACGGGAAAGACGUUCAAGACGUCACUAUCAAUUCUCUUCGCAAAUUUAUUGGUGUUGUACCUCAAGACUGCAACAUGUUCAACGAGUCAAUCAUGUACAACCUCAAAUAUGCAAAUCAAAACGCCACCGACGAGGACGUCUUUGAUGCUUGCAAGGCUGCAUCGAUCCACGACCGCAUCAUGGAAUUUCCCGACGGAUACAACACAAAGGUUGGUGAACGUGGAGUGCGACUUUCGGGCGGAGAGCGUCAGAGAGUGGCUAUCGCAAGGACUAUCUUGAAGAACCCACGGGUUACGAUGCUAGACGAAGCUACAGCUGCUCUCGACACAGAGACCGAGGAGAAGAUUCAAGAGUCGUUCAACACCCUGGCUGAGGGUCGUACCAUGCUCAUAAUUGCUCACCGACUGAGUACCAUCGUCCACGCCGAUCAGAUUUUGGUGUUAUCACAUGGCACGGUCGUAGAAAGUGGCACGCACGAAGAGCUUAUUGCCCUUGGAGGCAAGUAUGCGAGCAUGUGGCGCAAACAGUCUAGAGCACAGAAGGCUGCAGCGGAAGCUGCCGAGCUGAGAACACGUGCGAAGAAAGCAUUGGAGGAAGCUGAAGCCGAUAGCGCCAGCGUCAGCGAGGAAGAAAUUGAACAAGCCAAGAAGAGAGACAAAUCAGUCGUCAGAGGUCACAAGAGGGUGAACUUCAGCCAGAGUAGUAACCUACGGGCGGCUUGGGGUACCGAUGAUCGAGACCAAGAUCAAAGGUCAGUAGAUUCUCGCGAUGAUCAUGGACAUGGAGGCAAACCUCCAGGCCAUCCUUGAGACGAAGAAAAGGAAUUCGACUGGCAGAGGGAGGGCAGGAAAGAGAAACCCAUGCUCUUUACGAUCACGAUGGCACCAUUCAUUCGAUUUCAGGAGAUCAGUCUUGGUCUUUUGGGGAGGCGUUUUAGAUCCUUUCUUGCACAAACCCUUUAACGUUGAGAUAAGACUUGAAGCAACUUUGGAGUAUUUUGUCACUCUGCAGAGGUACCAGGUACAACAAGCCAGGAGGAACAGCGGACCUCCCACACACACACACAGAGAGAGAGACGCACACACAGAGAGAGGUAACUGGGCGGAACGAGGGAGAGCAUUGCGACGACUGCAACGACAUCUAUGACCAGAGGGAGGUAAUUUGUGUUUUUGGUUUCUUGUUUUUUCUUCCUUAUUGGAGACUCAAAAAAUACACUGUUUUCUCUUAUUCUUUUCCAUUUUUUCUUGGUUUUGUUCUUGUUCCUUUUUCCGCAAC